UCUACAACGAAUCUUCUAUUGACUUGGUUGGUAAUUGGUUUGCGUUGGGGAUGGUGAUGAAAGGGGAUGUGUGGGUUGGUGAGGAGUCAAGCUGGAUGAAUACAAAUGCAAGGCUGCGGUCACCAACCAGCACGGAAUCAUCUUCAUGUAGUCCUUCCUUAGCUUCCUCCGAGCGCAAACCAUAGAGAGUAAGUUUAGGAAAGGUCUAUCUUCUUAUGUAUCUACAGAACAAGCAGCCCAGAAAAUAUUCCUCUCCUUCGAAGAGACCUGCGGAGACUGACAUCGGUUCGUCCAUCAAUCCGACCAGAAACGUCUCCAUCCAGUUGAAAGUAUCCCAUCGGACCCUUGUGACUCGUUCAAGAUCGAUCGUUAUCUCCCCAGAUUGGUCUGUUGACCCCCAACUAGUUUCGCUGGUCUCGAUCAUCAGCCCCAGCUCGUAUCAUCAAUCGAUUGAGACGACGGCUAGGGAUUCAAUCGAUGUCCAACAGCUCAUCACAGGCUGCCCCUCCCCUUGAGGAAGGCGAAAUCAGUCAAGAAGAACGAGACCCCCCACCGAGACAGCCGGCGAAUCAAACCUACUCAAUACAUGGCAACCCCCUGAUCAAUGCUCAAGCCGACAACGAGCCGCGUGUCUAUGCGUCGGCCAAGGCCCGAAAGGUGAUGGCCCGAGUACAGAGACUGGCUGUUCAAGCUCCCCCAACGAGACCACGACGAGCCGAUUCGUACAGGGCUAACGAAGGUCGAUCCCGGGGCGAAUUUCGAGAGUUCAAUCGUGGCAAUCAUUCUAGACGAUGGCAUCCUGCUAGGAGAUUCAGCGACUCUCGUCCGGGCUCGGCCGUCCAUCAGAGAUCGAGGGCAAGAACCAGUUUUACUGAUGAGGAGGAUGAAAAUGAGUACGAAAACUUCGAUCGACACUCAAACCAAGACUUCCCCGACUAUCAUCAACCUCACCCCCCUCCUCACCAUCAUCAUCGUCAUCCACCCGACCUCGAUCGUCUCGACCGCCAGCCAGUCUAUCCUCCCGAUCAGCAGUACGAUCACCCAGAGAUCUAUCCUGAACAGCCUCAUCAUCCAGAGAUCUAUCCUGACCAGCCUCAUCAUCCAGAGAUCUAUCAAGAGCAACCUCAUCGCCCAGAUGCCUACCAUGAACAACCUCCUCGCCCAGAAGCCUAUCAUGAACAACCUCAUCGCCCAGAAGUCUAUCGCGAGCGUCCUCAUCACCCAGAAGUCUAUCAUGAGCGUCUUCACCACCCAGAAGUCUAUCACGAGCGGCCUCAUCCCCCCGAAGUACAUCGCCCAGAAGUUUACCACGAGCGGCAUCAUCACCCGGAACCGCAUCGCCCAGAAGUCUAUCACGAGCGGCCUCAUCGUCCAGAAGCACAUCACCCAGAAACCUACCACGAGCGGCCUCAUCAGCCAGAAGUACAUCACGAACAGCCUCAUCACCCAGAAGUGCGUCGUCCAGAAGGCUAUUACGAGCGGCCUCAUCACCCCGAGGUACGUCGCCCAGAAGUGUAUCACGAGUCGCCUCAUCACCCGGAAGUACAUCGCCCAGAAGUCUAUCAUGACCGGCUUCAUCACCCAGAAACCUAUCACCCAGAAGUCUAUCACGAGCGGCCUCCUCACCCGGAAGUACAUCAUGAACAGCCUCAUCCCCCAGAAGUCUAUCGCGAGCGGCCUCCUCACCCGGAAGUAUAUCGUGAACAGCCUCAUCCCCCAGAAGUAUAUCAUGAGCAGCCUCAUCACCCAGGAGCUUGUCAUGAACAGUCUCAUCAACCUCUAUACCCAGGUCGAACUUCCACCCAAUCUUCUUCGGCCCCUACCCCACACCAUCACGCCCAUCCUCCAAACCUAGUGCCUAACUACCCCCCGAGCCAUUAUAAUCCCUACCCUCCACCUCCAGUUAGACCACCUACUGUUCCAUUACAACCAGUUCGCGAGUACGAAGCUUUAAAUGAUCCCACCUCCAAUGAGUACGAAGCUGCAGAACAAUCACCCUUUCAAAGCCAUCAAGUUCUACGCACUCCUCAGUCUGCUACUAUUCCGUCUGACUACAACCCUCACUCACAUCAACCUCAUGAGCCUCACCUCACAACACCGGAAGUUUAUUACCCACCUCAAGCCCCACUUGCACGACCAGUCUCACAACCGGCUACGUCUAAUCAUGAGGUGCAUGUGAAGAAUCAACCACCUUACUACCCGUACCAUCCAGAACAUCAACGUCAACCAACCUAUCAGCUUCCUCCGGAACAACCCAUACGGGAGCCUUACCCUCCCGGACCUUCUCGCCCUCAACCACUUAUGACAAGUCGGCUGGUACCCAAUUAUCCUGCUCCACCAACCCAUCGUGAAUUUCACCCUCCGACCCGGUCCUCGACAGUAGUACAUGGCUAUCCCCCACCACCGGCCUCGCAUUCUUCCAAUCCUGAAGUUCUUAGCGCAAAUCAGUCGCCUCACUACCAGUAUGAAGGAGAACAGCAACGUCACUUAACCUAUCAGUACGCUUCGGAACAGCCCCCGUGGGAAUCAUCCUCCUCCCAUCCUCCUCACCCUCAACCGAUUACGGAAGCUCGGCUGGUGCCUAAUUAUCCUGUCCCACCUACUCAUCAUGAAUUUCAUCAUCCGCCCCAGUCAUCAAGAUCUGUGAAUGGCUGCGAAACGGUUCGACCCGAUCCAUUCCGACCCGAGCCCUUACCGAUUCAUCACCCACCAGCCCCAGCGGGUUUUCCGCUAGAACCGCAACAUCACCCUCACCCUCAUCAUCAUCAUCAUCAUCAUUAUCAUCAACUACAGCAGCAGAAAGGUAAACAACGGCUGCAAACGGCUGAUGAGCCAGUACCCUUCCACCCCGAAGCGUUUCCCGUCGAUCCAUACCAUCACAAAGGUCCUCCUCGACGCGCGUUUGCCCAGAUCGAAGAAUCCGGACCGGUGCAUCUUGGACAUGCUUCAGAACAGUACUAUUCCCAUCAUCACUCUGAUGAAGACAUGAGGUACGAUGAUGAUAGGCCUGAGGAGAUAAAAAAGAGAAGCGGAAGAGAAUGGGAAGGGACAUCUUUAGAUUUCGAUUUUGCAAGUAAGAAGAAAGAAGCACAAAAUAUUAUGCGCGAGUUGUUUUCGUGGGGAGUGUCAGCGGAAUAUUUAGUGGAGAUAGGAAUUUCUGAGUCGUUAGUCAGGGAGACGCGCGCGAAGUUGAGCCGACGGCGAGAUCUUUCACACGUCGUCGAUGAGAAUCUAUCAGCCAGAGAGGGGAAGCAAGACCUGAUGGACUCCUGGUUCCUCGAAGAUCGGGAUCGUGAGCCCAAGCAGCUACUGAUUCGAUCGCCGCCGCCGCGUCGAAGCAGUUCCCGCAAGAAUGGGAGUGCAAUUCAGGGAGAGUCAAGCCUCGCUGGUCCGAGCACAACAGAAGACGUGGUCGAUCGAAGGAAAGAAACUGGCCCUAGGAAGGAAUGUGUGGAUAGAAGGAAAGAAGAAGGUGCGAGCAAGCCAAUCGAAGUAGAAAAGACAUCUGAAAGCAGGACGAAGACGUCAGAAAGCGGGACGAAGACGUCAGAAAGCAGGACGAAGACAUCAGACAGCAGGACGAGAUCCGAAGCUCCAUCGCAAUCCAACCCAACAGAAGAGACUCGUCCGACUGAAACGGUGAAGAAGAAACGAGAACGAGCAACAACAACAACAACGAAGGAGAGGAGGGAGGCUGUAAACGAAGACGUCGAUCGAUCGAGUAACACGACUGGUAGUGGUUUGAGAAGGUCCUUACGAAACCAAUCCAAGAAAAUUCGGGUGGACGUCCCUCCCUUCGCUGGCUUGCCUACCCCUUCAACACCAACCGAAAGAUAAUCAGAAAAUCUCAGAUUAUAUCUAUCACUCCGAUCAAACCGCUCGUUGCUCACGCAUACCGGGCUUCAUCUUCUCCUCAAUCGUCUCAGUCUCAAUCAGAUCAUCAUCCCACAUCCCAAAAUGGACUCCAUAAUCCAAUCCUUUUGUUUUCGUUUUGCUUUCGAAUUAUGCUUGCUUGCUCACAAACCACACCAUCUAUAAUAUAUAUACUUGAUCGAUCUACUAUUUGUAUUCAUCCAGACUCAAUUUUUUUUUUUUAAAAAAAAUGAUUUUCUUUUUUCUUCUUCUUUUGAUUAUCC